AACAAGCCAAACUGUAAAAAAUGUCAAUUUUUUAUUAGUCAUCCAUUUCCAAUUACUCUGACCUCAUUCUAUUUUGCCAAUGUAGUAUUAAACUUUGAUAUAUCAUCAAUAUUAUUAUGUAAGGAGACACAUAAAAUGUUUAACUCAGCGAGACGGAGGAGCGAAACGAACAAGAUUAAAGGUGUAUUCAAAUUGCAGUUUCAUGGAACUCAGAUGGCAUUGUUAGGAGGAGAUGAUUUGAUGAUAUCUUUAGUUCCAGAUGAUGUCGGAAAACCGACGUCAAGAUUAGAGAAAGCCAAAGUUGAAGAUGGAAGCUGUUAUUGGGAAAAACCACUUUAUGAAACUGUGAAGUUUUCUCAGGACCCAAAAACAGGAAAGUUUCAUGAGAAAAUCUAUCACUUUAUUGUCACAAAGGAUGCUUCAAGAUUUGGUGAUGUUGGAGUUGUGUCAAUUGAUUUUGCAAGUUAUGCUGAGGCUACAAAGAUUUCUUCUGUAUCGCUUCCUCUUCAAAAUGCUAAUCCUGCUGCAGUAUUGCAUGUAUCGAUUCAACGACUGCAGGAUACUUCUGAUCAGAGGGACAUUGAUGAAAUUGGGAAUGUGAACCAACAAGUUGUAAGCUUGAUGACACACUUUAUCAAUGAUGAUAUAAGAAGAAUUACCGAAGAUUAUAGGACACGCAAUGGCGUUAAAAGCGAUCAUCAAGCAUCCAUUGGAUCGGAUAUCAUGCUGUCAAGUUUUGAUAACAGUUUUGAGCUUAAUUUGCUGCACGAACAUGGACCGAAGAACCCUGAAUUAGCUCAUAAAUUCUUAAUCACAAAUGAUAGUUUUUGGCAAAGGGAUCGGUUAAAAGGUUCACCUCCAAAAUUAAAAACAGAUGAUUCUUCAACAACUACUUUAGGAGAAACUUCUGAAGAGAGUUCUUCAGAUACCAUGAUUCAAAAUCUCAAGGUCAAAGUUGCAGCUUUGACCAGGCAAGCUGAUGUGUCAGGGUUAGAGUUACAAACCCUUCGUAAGAAAAUCGUGAAGGAGAUGAAAAAGGGUCAAGAUAUUUCAAGGAAAGUAGCUACCCUUCGAGAAGAACGAAACGCCUUGAAAGAAGAGUGUGAAAAGCUCAAGUCAAAAGAAGACAAAGUCAACGGUAUGCCGUUGAUUGAUCAAGGUGAUCCGUAUGCUCUUCUUGAUGAGUUGAGACAAGAAAUAGUACAUGAGAAGGAUUUGAGCUCCAAUCUCCGGUUACAGCUUCAGGAAACGCAAAAGUCUAAUGAUGAGUUGGUUCUUGCUUUAAAAAAGUCAAAGUCAAAGUCAAGGUCAAAGUCAAAGUCAAUAUGUUCUGAACCUGAACAAAGGGAGUUGGAAGCAAUUGUUAGAGAACAUAGUGGUGUGAAGAAAACAUAUUUACUAGAGCAGAAAAUAAUAGACCUUUACCGCGAAAUUGACUAUAUUAAAAAAGAUAAAGAUGAUCUCCAAACGCAAAUGGAACAAAUGGCGCUUGAUUACGAGAUCAUCAAGCAAGAAAAUCAAGAUUUAUCUUUUAAACUCGAGCGUAGUCAACUUCAAGAAGAAUGUAUCUCUUACACAACAAUAGAUGAACUCGAAACAGAAAUAGAGAGUUUAGAGAACGAUCUCGAGUCAAAGUCAAAAGAAUUGUCAAAGUCAAACCUUGUUAUAAAAGAGCUUGAAUCCCAUAUCAAGAAUCUUGAACAAGAGUUAGAGAAUCAAGGUCAUGAAUAUGAAACCGAUCUUAAAGAAUUGAUGCUUGCAAAAACCAUUCAGGAACAAAGAGCCGUUCACGCAGAGGAUAAUUUGCGAAAAAUAAGAUUGCAAAAUGUUAAUGCAGCCUCAAGGCUUCAAGAGGAACUUAAAAGGCUCUCACAAAAAAUGGCAUCUACGUUCGACGUUAACGAGAAGGCAACGAUGGAAGCUAUGGAUGAAGCGAAUAAAAUUCGUGUGGAGAAACAGGUUCUUGAAGAUACACUUAUGAAAGUAAAAAAAGAUAUAAAGGUUCUUGGUGACUGCUUUCAAGAAAAACUAGUUUUUAUUGAAGAUCAAGUAACUCUUAAGUCGAAACAGUUACGAGAGAUUAAGGAAAAGAUUGAAAAUGUGACUGAAAUUCAUAAUCUUGAAACUCAAAGAUUGAAGGAGAAAGAUGUGCAACUUGAAGUUGAAAAGUUGGGAAGAAAAUCGGAUGUUCGUCUUCAGAAAACCGAGAAAUCGCAGUGACAAUGCACGAUAAAAAAGACUUGAAGUUCAUCACAAGCAAAAAAUGGUAAGAUCGUAUCGGUGUAUUGAGCAUAAUGCAUGUCUCAUGUCUGUAUAGUAUAGAUAAUUUUUUUUACAAUGUACCUUAGUAUGAUAAUAAGCUGCCAAUAAUGAACUUUGGAUUAUGUUCAAAGAUUAUUUCUGCAUUUAUAUAAUUUAGGUAAAAUUUCUGAA